AUGGAACUCCUGACAUUCUGUGUCACCACCACCGCCUUCCAACUGGGCGAUGACUACUACCAACAAACUGAAGGAAUGGCCAUGGGUUCACCCCUGUCACCGGUGAUCGCCAACAUCUACAUGGAACACUUCGAGGAACUGGCCUUACAAACAGCACCACUGAAACCAUCCCUGUGGCUGCGAUAUGUCGACGACACAUUCGUCCUGUGGGACCAUCGCGAGGACAUAACACCGUUCCUAGACCACCUCAACAGCCUCCGACCCUCCAUCCAAUUCACAAUGGAAACAGAAGUCGACAACAAACUACCAUUCCUUGACGUCCAAGUGGAAAAAUCUGAGGAAGCAUUCAGAACAUCGGUCUACCGCAAACCAACAGCGACCGACCGCUACCUCAACUUCAAGUCACACCACCCAGACACAGUCAAGAAAG